CUUGUACGUGGUGCUGGCAUCUCGUCAAACCCCAUUUGGAUCGCUCGAUCGGCGUUAAAGAAAAAGUCCAAGCUUUGGCCUAACCCCAGACAUGGCGCCGCCGCCGCCAGGGCGCGUCCCUCUCGCCGCCGCCUCCCUCAUCCUUAUCCUCCUCUUCCAAUUAUCCGCCGCCGUCGCCAUGGCCAGCGGCUCUUCGUCGCCGCCGGAGUUUUCCUCGUACGUGCCGGAGAAGAGGGUGCUGUACCGAACUCUGUCGUCGUCUUCGUCUCCGGCGGCGGAGCAGAAGGAGCAGAAGGUGGAGCCGGCGGCGACGGUGGCGUUCCAGCCGUUCGAGGUGUGCACGGGGUGCCGGUGCUGCCCGCCGGCGAACAGCUCGGCGGGGUGCGUGGACAUGAAGUGCUGCUACGGCAUCAACUGCAACCUCCCGGGCAAGCCCUUCGGCACCUGCGCCUUCACGCCGCGCACCUGUGGCUGCACCACCAACGACGACUGCCCCGCCAAGCAGCCGGCCCCCUAGCUCGAUCGCUCUACUCUAGCAAAUGAAAGCAAUUUUACUCCAUUCUAUUGAUAUAAAUCCGAUCCGAUACAUGUUCGUUGAUACUAAUUCUUGAUUGAUCCGAUCGAAUUGUUUGUUUCGUUCGAUUCAUAUAUCGCUGAAUCUUAAGAUGCCAAUGAUCGACCCUGAAUCAGUGAAUGAAAGAAACAUCAUAUCGUUAAUUUAA